AAGUAGUAAAAUCAUAAAAUUCUUAACAAAAAAGGUGUAAAUAAAUUAAAUAUAUAAUUUCAAUUACUUAGACGGACAAUGUCUACAGAAGAUUUCUACUUACGUUACUACGUCGGCCACAAAGGCAAAUUUGGUCAUGAAUUUCUGGAGUUUGAGUUUCGCCCCGAUGGCAAAUUGCGCUAUGCCAACAACUCGAAUUAUAAAAAUGACACCAUGAUCCGCAAAGAGGCAUUUGUUCAUCAGUCGGUGAUGGAGGAACUCAAACGUAUUAUCUUAGAUUCAGAAAUAAUGGCGGAGGAUGAUUCACCUUGGCCACCACCAGAUCGUGUUGGAAGACAGGAACUCGAAAUUGUCAUAGGCGAUGAGCACAUAUCGUUUACCACCUCUAAGACUGGUUCACUAGUCGAUGUAAACCGUUCCAAAGAUCCUGAGGGCUUGCGUUGUUUUUAUUAUUUGGUGCAGGAUCUUAAAUGUUUAGUUUUCUCACUCAUUGGUUUGCAUUUUAAGAUUAAGCCUAUAUAAACAACAGCGGCCGGACAAUGGACAUUAUGUCUACUCAUUUUCUUUUUAGUUUAAAUUUCAUUUAAUUACAGUUUACACAAUGUAUUUAAAAAUUCAAAUAAAGUAAUUUUAUAUUUUCACUGUA